UGUGAAGUAAUACACCGGGUCAGAUCUUUCUCAAUAAAUGAAGGAGCUCUCAGAAACCCUAGCUAUUCCUGACUUCGUUCUAACCUUCUCACUGUUCUCAGGCCUCAAGUUCUUUCCAUUUUCACUCAAAUCUCUCAUUUAUGUCACCCUCGCGUGGUUGGGUGAUAAUGGCAAAGGUUCAAGGGCGUGAGUGGAGUCGGAAAAGGUAGGAAGUUUUUAGAUGGAACCUCAAUCUUUACAUUAAAGUUUGUUGAUUGGUUGGACACUUUUUCAUGGGAGAGAGGUGCUUUUUGCUACUUUAUCCUUUUCUUCACAGAUGCAGCAUCUACCCCUUAUAUUGCUAUUAUCACGGUGAUGCUCCAUUCACAAUCUCUUGGUGCAUAAUUUUCCCCAACUACUAGUCUACGCCGUUGCUGAAAAUACUCAAGGAAAAGAAGCACUUCAUUUAUUAAACACAUGGAUAGCAGACAAAGGAAGCGGAGAAGCCAUGUUCCAUCAAGAUCUGAAGCGGUUAAGUUACCAAAAUCCCGCUGCUCGAGAAAGAAAUUCCUAUCAAUCAUGGAUACCCUCCCAAUGGAUAAGAAAAAUGCCAUCAGUGAUAUGGGAUUCAGGGGCUUGCUGCAGCUUGGUUAUAAAGAAUUGCGUUAUGAGCUAAUAACGUGGAUAGUGGCCAAUUACGACAUUGGCUACCACCACUUAUGCAUGGCAACAAGAGUUGUUGUCCCAGUCACGCCCAAAGAUGUUAGAGAGGUGCUAGGCAUCCCGGACAAUGGCGUUGACAUUCUCAUCUACAAUAGGCGUGGCACACCCAAUCGCACAUACGACAUCAAAAUAUUGGAAGCUAAUUUGCGUGAUCUACCAGUUGGCGAAGAAUUCAUGAAAUCCUUCCUCAUUUUCGCCUGUGCCACUAUCCUUGCCCCCAACUCAAAACAAGAAGGUAUGCAUGACUUGUGGGACACGGUUUGGGAUAGUGAAGUGGGGGUGCGCAAAAAUUGGGCCAAGUUUGUUCUCCAAUAUGUCGAGGAUGGGAUAAGGGACUAUCGUACAAGUCACCCGACAUAUAUUAGAGGUUGUGUCUUGUUUCUUCAGCUUUUCUAUAUCAGCAAGUUCUAUAUGACGACUUUCCAAGUUGAAGUCUGCAGUCCACUUUCGGCUGCAUGGACAGAUGAGCAAGUCAAGAGGCGCUUGGCUGCCGAAAUACACACCUAUGGCAAUUAUGGCCAUGUCCAGGUCAUACAGGGAAGCACACCUUCUGCACAUAAUGAUGGACAUCCAUAUGAGACGGGUUGCUCACACUCUGAUGACCCAACUGAGACCAUUGAAGCACGGCUAAGUCGGAAUUCUGAACAUCUUAUGAGCCUUGCUUCAUCUGUGGCACAAGACAUUGCCACACUACGUGCAAGGUCCACUGGAGGACAAAGUGGGUGUGCACUCACCCCACCACAAGAAGUUGUGAAUGUAGAAAGAAAGAAAGACGAGGGAAGCACCGGUGUGCAUCCUUGUAGUGAUGAAAUGAUGAGAAAAGGAUCCGGUGCCGCAAGCACUCAUUCUGGCCAGCAAAGAGUCACCGAUGCAGCAGUAGAUGAUGACCCAUGUAUUGACCACGCCACAUUCCCACCUUCACAAAAGAGUGCUGAAUUGCAAUCACUUGAAGGGGUGCAAAUUGGAGUUCAAGAAGGCCGUGGCAGCAAAGAGCCUUCUCCUACCCCUAGGUGGAGAGUUAAACACACAGCGAAAAGGCUUGUCAAGCCAGCCACCAUUUGCAAAUCCCCUUUCGUCUCGCAAUGUGUUCAACUAUUUCCUAAAAUCAGCUAACAAGAAAGGUUGGUUGCGGAUUAUGCGUUGUUCGAAGAUGGUGAGCCAAGCGAGAUCUUGUGCGAUAUGCAUGGCACAUAUAUAACACGGGAUGAGCUUUCUUCGCUCAAUGGAGGCCGUUGGGUAAAUAGUGCGAACAAGAUAUACCACCGCGUGCACACUAUUUCGACCCAUCAUUCUUCGUGGUGCUAGCCAGCCUUACGCCAAAUGCCAAAAA